UGUCAUUCACAACCCCCUGAAAGCACUCGGAGACCAGUUCUACAAAGAAGCGAUUGAGCACUGUCGCAGCUACAACUCUCGGCUGUGUGCUGAACGAAGUGUCCGCCUUCCCUUCCUGGAUUCACAAACUGGGGUAGCUCAGAACAACUGCUACAUCUGGAUGGAGAAGAGGCACAGGGGACCAGGCCUGGCCCCAGGUCAGCUGUACACAUACCCGGCACGUUGCUGGCGCAAAAAGAGGCGUUUGCAUCCCCCCGAGGAUUCCAGGCUGAAGCUACUGGAAAUUAAACCUGAAGUUGAUCUGCCUCUGAAAAAAGAUGGUUUCACAUCAGAAGGUACAACUCUGGAAGCCUUGCUGCGUGGAGAGGGAAUAGAGAAAAAAACAGACACUAAAGAAGAAGACACUAUACAGGAAAUUCAGAGGGUUUUAGAAAAUGAUGAAAAUGCAGAUGAAGUGAAUGAGGAAGAGGAUUUGGAAGAAGAUAUUCCAAAACGAAAGAACAGGCCUAGAGGACGGCCAAAGACCCCCACCUGGAAAAAAAUUUUCCAGAAAAAUGCUCGGGGAUCUGGAGGUGGCAGGAGACGGAAUGAUGCUGCCUCCCAGGACGAUCAUGACAAACCCUAUGUUUGUGACAUCUGUGGCAAGCGUUACAAGAACAGGCCUGGACUGAGCUACCAUUAUGCUCACACUCACCUUGCCAGCGAAGAGGGGGAUGAAGCCCGAGAGCAGGAGACCCGCUCCUCCCCUGUCCACAGAAAUGAAAACCACAAACCCCAGAAAGGACCAGACGGGGUCAUCAUUCCCAAUAACUACUGUGACUUCUGCCUCGGAGGCUCCAGUAUGAACAAAAAAAGUGGCCGGCCUGAGGAACUUGUAUCAUGCUCAGACUGUGGGCGCUCUGGACACCCGACCUGCCUGCAGUUCACCACAAACAUGACUGAGGCUGUCAAAACCUAUCAGUGGCAGUGCAUUGAGUGCAAAUCCUGCAGCCUUUGUGGGACCUCUGAGAACGAUGACCAGCUGCUCUUCUGUGAUGACUGUGAUCGUGGCUAUCACAUGUAUUGCUUGAAUCCACCAGUCUUUGAGCCCCCAGAAGGGAGCUGGAGUUGUCAUUUGUGCCGGGAGCUGCUCCGAGAGAGAGCGUCAGCUUAUGGCUUCCAGGCCUGAGGAGCUGCAGCAACCAAGAAACACUUUGCUCCUGGUGUUGUUGUACCAGCACACAAUUCCCAUCUGGAACACAAAGACACAAUCCACAACAAAGUGAAUGGACACUCAAAUAGAUGAAGAGGUAGCUAUGGCGUUCACUGUCAGAGAGUAGCUGUCACUCAUGCAGUACCUCCUGGGCUCUACUAGAAGGAUCAUAUACUUUCCUGAGGCUCCAGAUGAAAUCUCUUCACUGCUCUGCAUGGUUGCUGCUUACCGUUACGGGCUCACAUGCAUUACAGAAGGGGGAGGGUUGCUCUAUCGACAUGGAGAUGUCAAAUUUGUGUGGCCUUGUGCUUUCUGUUUAGUCUUUUUUUAAGAAGAAAUAGUAACAUAUCUCCCAAGCAAUUAUUUUGUGAGUGGUUUUGCUGGGAGCAGUACUGGUUAUUACUCUUCGUAGGCUUGACUGGAAAUCUCUUUACUGCAACCACUUUGUCUUCGUAGAGGGGCAUUGAGAGUUGCAUUAGUUCAAUACUUCCCAGGUCGUGAAAAACACAUUGUCACUGAGAAAAGCACAGAUCAAAAAAAUUUUGGGUGACGCUUUCUCCCUAGGAUCAAAUGCUUUGCUUUUGCAGAUUUUUAGAAGUCUGGUUUUAGUGUCUCUGAAGGAAGAAGAGUAGCCAUUAUGUACGCAGGCAGAUGCUUAGAAAGUUCUACCAUAUUUAGUAUUUCAGGAUGUCUGGCAUGCUGUCCCACUGCAGUUCAGUUCAGACUCAUCUUUUUUUUUUAAUUUAAAAAGUUGCAAAUGGCUAUGUAAAUAAAUGACAUGCUGUUUAGCUUGUAAAACUGAACAAAAGAAAAAUGUUUUAAGGUGAUCAUACACAGGAAAAGCGUGAGUUUUCUGAACAACCUAAAAUAACCUAAAAAAUGAACAACAUGGAUUUAGGGUCAAAUGAAGCACUUCUGAUUUGCUUUUUCACAUUUCUAAAUUAAAAUGUUCUGCAAUUGAAAGUUGAAAUUUUUAUUUCAGAAGUUGUCUAAUCAGGACUUCCAGUAUGUCCAGA